AUGGACGACGGUAACCCAGAUAUACGCGACCUUCUUCAAGAGCUUGAGAGCCUUGUAAGAGCUCAAGGGGAUGAGAAAACCGGAGAACUUCUCAGAGAAAUCAGUCGUUCCCCAGAUCCGUUCCAAAAGUUUCGAGAGGCUCUCAAGAGUAAGAAGGCGCGAGCUUGCAAUGAACGUAAGGAAUGGUUCGAAAAAUAUCCGGGAUUAUCUUUGGAUCAGGUUGAAUUUCUUACGUCUAUUACCGACCACUGGGAGCUUGGUGAAGUCGCCAUAAGCAUUAUUUCGGCAUAUGCUCGGGUAUGGACCGAAUACGCUUGGGUAUUCUGGGAAGGACCAGCGCCGGACGAGGACUUGCUCCAACGAUGUUAUACCGAUAGUCAAGUCAUCCAAGUGGUGGUUCCUUUAAGGGAAAAAGCGAUCUCAUUUAUCAUAGCUGAAAUUGUUGAAGAUGAGCAAAACAGCCUCAAGAGCAAAAACGGAUAUCCAGUCAGCGAUGUUACUUCUGGCCGAGAUAAACAUUUCCUCACAAAAGCUCUAAAGGAAAUUUGCCAUCGACACUAUGGUGGUGAUAAAGAAAAACUCAAAUGGCUGCGAAAAGAAUCAUCCGACGGCAUGAAGUAUCAGAAUCUAGAUGAACCCCACGUCAUCUUAUCGUUGUAUCAGGUUAAAUCCAGGAACUUUAAGAGACACAAUUGGGCCGAUAUUGAGGUGGCAGCUUUGAAUGCAUUCGUAAAAACACUGCCACAGAGAGUCAUAUUCGAGACUUUGAAAAAAGCAUGGCAUUCAGUGGUAAAAUACUAUCGGGAAACCCUCAACAAUAAAGUACAGUGCCAAGGGCGCAAAAGGCAGAGACAAGACGGCGAUAUCACGGCCACCAUACAUCCCGCAAGGCGACAGCGCGUGGAUUCCGCCGAAAUUAGACCUGCACCCAAUACUACCCAAAAUAACGACUCGCAUGACGUUGCAGAAAUCCUUGCCAAUAUGCCGAAUAGUUUCAGGGUGGGAAGUCAAGAUAAUGAACUCUUCAUUCCUCAAGAUGAUUUGACCACCGGGUUUGUCUGUGGCAACAAUUCUCUGCAGGCUGAAGAGCAUGGUAAUAAUAGGAAUGAACUGCCAUCAAUUCCGAGCCAUCCUGAAGCCGACUGCAAUCAUUCAAAUGAUCAGUUACCACGAAGUGAAUACACGAAUUGGACGAAUUUCGAACUGUUUGAUUUCGAUCAAGAGGAAAUUAUACAUGAGGUCUUAGCAGGUCUUGAAGAUUUCGACUUUCCACCUCCUGAUAACCCCUAA